AUGGGCUGGCCAGUGUGCAAUGCCACAGAGUCCGAAACCAUUGAGGAGGUCGCCCUCUGGGAUGGCGGCAUUACAUUUCAUUCUCUAGCGCUCCUGGUGGGCGGCGCUUGCGCUAUCAUCGCGUGUGUUGUAUCCGUGGCCCUGAUUAUGUUGCAUGCCACACAUUACAGCAAGCCGAUCGAACAGCGACAUAUUAUCCGUAUCCUAUUCAUGGUCCCCGUCUAUUCCAUUGUCGCAUGGCUCAGCAUAUUCUUCUACCAUGACUCUGUCUACUUUAAGGUCCUCGGCGACUGCUACGAAGCGUUCUGUAUCUCCGCCUUCUUCUCCCUCAUGUGCCACUAUAUCGCCCCGGAUCUACACAGCCAGAAGGAUUACUUUCGUGGAAUUCAGCCAAAGGCAUGGCUCUGGCCGCUGAGUUGGCUUCAAAAAUGCUGUGGUGGCGAGCGCAUCUGGCGGACCCCGCGCAGUGGAUUGACAUGGUUCAAUAUUGUCUGGGUUGGGGUUUUCCAAUACUGUGUUAUGCGCGUUCUUAUGACCAUCCUUGCGGUUGUCACUCAGGCUUUUGGGGUGUACUGCGAGGAGUCGCUAAAUCCCGCAUUUGCGCAUAUCUGGACCAUUGUCAUUGAAUCGGUCUCCGUCACCAUCGCCAUGUACUGCCUCAUCCAGUUCUACCACCAGACCAGCCAAGACAUCAAGCAACAUCAGCCAUUCUUGAAGAUCCUGUCGAUUAAACUCGUCAUUUUCCUGUCAUUCUGGCAGUCGACACUCAUCAGCCUUCUAGUCUCCGAGGGCGCUAUCGCAGCGACUAAUAAAAUCGCGCUGAACGAUCUCAAAGUUGCGCUCCCGGAGCUGAUGAUCAACUGUGAGAUGGCUAUAUUUGGUAUACUCCAUCUCUGGGCCUUCUCAUGGAAGUCCUACACCCUCGCCAACCAGUCAAGUGAAGUGACCGAUUUCUACGGCAACGGCAAGUCUGCAUACCAAGGUGGACGCUAUGGUGUAAGGGCCUUGGUUGAUGCCAUGAACCCAUUGGACCUUCUCAAAGCCAUUGGUCGAAGUGCCCGCUGGCUGUUCGUCGGCCGCAAAAGUCGUAUGCUGGACCCCAGUUAUCAGCCGCAAGACGAGUCACUCGGCCUCCAGCCACCCCAACAUGGCAGUGAGCUCACCCAACAUGGAACGGCUUACCGUGGCGCUGGAACGGCCAUGUCCGGAGGCCGAGCAGGCCACUAUGGCGAAACGCCCUAUGAAGAGGGCGAGGUGCUUCUCGCUCACGCACAACCCAAUCCCGAGAUCGCGCUCACGGGCACUUCACCAUACGCCUCGGAUUUCGAUGACCAUGUCCAAAACCCGUCAACUAGAUUUUACGAGCGAAGCCCGUCACCCUAUGAGGAUUCCUCGCUCCACAGUCAUGACAAUCUGCACUCAGAAUCGCUGGUCCACCCUUACCCAUCCAACGGUUCUCUCCGUGAGCAAGUUCCUAUGCCCAUGCCGGAUCCUUACCAUCCUCCUCCUCCGUACCCUGACAACCAUCAUUCAUGA